CUGCUAUUUGAGUCAGGGAGGGGAUUUCUUUCCGUAGAACGCAGAUGCCGAAAAAGCUUUUGAUCUCUAGGCUGAGCUAGCAAAAGGUUACGAAUCCCUGUCCUGUUUGUGCUCCGGUGAGCCCUGGAUUGUUGCUUCCCUGGGCGCGGGGGAUCUGUCAGUGGCGGGGCGGGGGGGGAAAAGACCUGCAGCCCAGGGGACCGUGGGGCCGAGGUGAUGGGGACCGUGGGGCCGAGAUGGGGACCGUGGGCUUCUCCGGGGUGCACCCAAGCAGAUGGCGCUCCUGCUUCGUGCGUCCCCCGCCGCCCAAGGCUGUCGAGGCAGGCGGUUUCCUGGAACCGGAUCCCCGGCCUUGACAGAACCUCCUCUGCCAUCGCCGCCGGUAGCCAUGGACCUGCGAGCGGAGCUGCUGAAGUCCAUCUGGUACGCCUUCACCGCCCUGGACGUGGAGAAGAGCGGCAAGGUUUCCAAAUCCCAGCUCAAAGUGCUGUCUCACAACCUGUACACGGUGCUGUGCAUCCCCCACGACCCCGUGGCGCUGGAAGAGCAUUUCCGUGAUGAUGACGAUGGGCCGGUGUCCAGCCAGGGUUACAUGCCGUACCUCAACAAGUACAUCCUGGAUAAGGUGGAGGAAGGUGCUUUUGUCAAAGAAAACUUUGAUGAGCUCUGCUGGACCCUGACAGCGAAAAAGAAUUACAAGCCCGACCGGAAUGGGAAUAGCAUUGUAUCCCACCAAGAUGCCUUCAAGCUCUGGUGUCUCUUCAACUUUCUGUCUGAAGACAAAUACCCUCUCGUCAUGGUGCCAGACGAGGUGGAGUACCUGCUGAAGAAGAUCUGCACGGCCAUGAACGUGGAGCUGAACUCCUGCGAGCUGGAUGACUACCUCUCCCAGGAGCCGCAGGGGCAGGGGGGGCUGACGGUCUGGCAGUUCCUGGACAUGGUGAACUCGGGGCGGUUCCUGCGAGGCAUCGAGCAGGAGGCUGUCAGCAUGGCCGUGGAGGAGGUGUACCAGGAGGUCAUCGAGGAUGUGCUCAAACAGGGCUACCUCUGGAAGAAAGGCCAGCUGAGGAGGAACUGGUCAGAGCGGUGGUUCACGCUGAAGCCCAGUGUCCUGUCCUACUACAUGAGUGAGGAACGGAAGGAGAAGAAGGGGAGCAUCGCGCUGGACAAGCACUGCUGCGUGGAGGUGCUGCCCGACCGGGAUGGGAAGAGGUGCAUGUUCUGCGUGAAGACCUCCUCCCGCACCUACGAGAUGAGCGCCUCCGACACCCGGCAGCGCCAGGAGUGGACGCUAGCCAUCCAGACAGCCAUCCGCCUGCAGGCUGAGGGCAAGAAGUCCCUGCACAAAGACCUGAAGCAGAAGCGACGGGAGCAGCGGGAGCAACGGGAGCAGCGCAAGGCGGCCAAGGAGGAGGAGACGCAGCGGCUCAAGCAGCUCCAGGAGGAGAAGGAGAGGAAGCUGCAGGAGCUGGAGCUGCUCAAGGAGGCCCAGCGGCAGGCAGAGAUACUCCUGCAGGAGGAGGAGCAGCGGCGGAGGCAGCAGCACGAGGAGAUGCAGAGGACCCUGGAGAUCCAGCUGCGGGAGGCUGAGCAGGCUCGCGCCUCCAUGCAGGCAGAGAUGGUCCUGAAGGAGGCAGAGGCAGAGCGUCAGCGCAAGCGCAUCUUGGAGCUGGAAGACAUGCAGGAGCGUCUCCAGGAGGCCCUGCAGCAGGAGGUGAAAGCGCGGCAGGAUGAGGAGUCCGUGAGAUAUGCGCAGGCCAGGCUACUGGCUGAGGAAGAGGAGAAGCUGAAGCAGCUGAUGAAGCUGAAGGAGGAGCAAGAGGAAUAUAUCAUCAAAACUCAGCGGGAGAAGCAAGUCCUCAAGCAGGAGAUGGAGAACAAGAACAAGUGUCUGGAAGAGGCGCAGAAGCAGCUGGAAGAAGUGAGAGUGAACAGGCAGCGAGUGGACCAAGACGUCAUGGCGGCCCAGCGGAAGCUGCGACAGGCCAGCACCAACGUCAAGCACUGGAACGUCCAGAUGAACCGACUGAUGCACCCCAUCGGGCCGGGAGACAAGCGUACAAACGUGAGCAGUGGAGGCUUCACUGGCUACCAACCCAUCCUCUCCCGGAGAGAUUCCUCCCUCAAACUCAAGCAGAAAGUGGAGGAUAAAGGCAGCAGCCCCACAAGGGACAACAGCAAGGAAAACGUGAGCAAUGGUGGGAACAGCGGCAUGCCGCCGUCUACGGAUGCAGACACCAUGACCACAGAGCCCACCAACUAGCCCGGCAGGAUGGCAGAGCCCAGCAGGAAACUGCAGGGCCCAGCACAUCCCUCCAAGCGGACAGUCAAUACGGCCAUCUCUGGAUGGAGACAAGUGGGGACCAGCACAGAGCCUAUAGGUGAUUACGUAUAAGGCAGAGAUGCUCCCAUUUUCUUCAAAGGGCUGCAGCCACGACGUGCCGGGAGGCUCAGACAGCCCAAAAUUGGGGAGAAGGCAGCAGGGCCAUCUCCUCUGGGCUGCCCAGGUGUGGGACCUGGACUCAACUCCCCAGACUCUGGUUUCCACCCUGCCUAAAAAAAAAAAAAAAAGCCACCAGUGGGUCUGGACCACGUGGCCCAGGGCUGCAGUUCCCCCUUGGUUUCUACCAGCAACCCUUCUGCAUCACCUGCUGCACCCCUGGGUGCAUGGCCCUGCAACGGCAGCUGCCAGGGAAGCCUUGGCAGACUGAGCGGUGCCUUCUUGCCACCCCCACAGAAAGGCCAAGGUGUCCUUAACUAACACGUGCAUUCCCUGAAGGUGGUUGUUAGUCACUGGAGUCACGUAGAUGUUAGCAGAAGCCAAUAAGCAAUAAAGCUUUUGGAGCUGCUGGCCCACAGACCUCCUUUCCCGCACAUCUGUGGCCCUGCAGGCACCAGAUGUCCCUCCUCGGCAGUGCGGGGUUUUGAUUCCCACUAUAGAAAAGAGCCCAUUAAAAGAAAUCAGACACCACCCGUGGAAAGGGGCUCCACCAGUGGAUUUUGGGUUGGUCUGUGGAGGGCCAAGAGGGACACACAGAUGCUGGUGAACUGCCCAUAGACGAUGAACUCCCCUCUGGGUGGAAGGGCAAGCACAGGGGUAACAUCUCGGAGGGCCAACACCUCUAUAUGAUUAAUUAAGUGCUUGUAUAGGAAGGUAACAGUGCUCUGGGCUUCGUUUAGGUCUUUGCCCUUGGACUACAGGACUCCCUGUUUCAGGAGUGGUCCAAGGCCCACAGAAGGCAAUAGUAAAGACUCCCAGGGGCCAUCUGAACUGGGAGCCGGUGGAUGUGGCAGCCCUCUUCAGUAACACUGGCCUGGCCUGUCUCCUGUUCCCCGAAAAACUGAGAAAAAAAAAGCCAAGUCUGCUGGCAAACCUCCUUGCACAGAAAAAAAAAACCAACCCACACCAACAUGGGGGUUAGUUCUUCCAAGCACCUCUGUUUAAAUACAGUCCCAUUCACCUGUGA